AUGAAAACAGAAAUGGUUUCAAUUGCGCCUGAUCGUAGGACCCGAACCGUGGAGGUCGGUUCCUUUGCGGCCAGUUCCCUGCUCCGCUCGUCGAGCGUUGUGGAGCCGUUGGAAGGCAGCACCGGUGCUUGGCAAAGCUCCAUUGAUGCAGUCAAAAGCCUUCGGUGCUCCAACCUGAAGUUGGACAUUGUCAGCGGCAAUGCGAUGCUGGUCACGGCUUCAACCGCACAGCGCUGGGGCUGGAUCCAAGCUCUAUCCAUGCUAGCCGAAAUGGCUUUCUGCAGUUUGGCCCUGUCGGAGGUGAGCUGCCGUGUUGCUGUGGCAGGGUGUGCAGCCCAAAGCUGGACUGGUGCACUGGCACUGCUGUUUGGCAGCCCUGCUGAGCCAGCGAAUGCUUGGAUGCCAGUGGAGCUCAACUCCUGCGCCAUCGCCUGUGAAAGGAUGCAGCAUCCACUCCCGAUGCAGCCUUUGUUGCACUUGACGGAGAAGCAAGGGGCCAGCGUGCUCCACAGCACGCGAAUCCGCGAAGUUUGUCGGAGCUGCUGA